CGAGAUCGCUACGGUUCCGGGCAGCUGGCAGAUGGCACGACCGUCACCCGCAGCUCUCACGAGGAGGGCGUUCAGCUCAGGGCAGGCGCGGACCUUGAAGAACUUAGCUUGGGCACGGCGCUUGCGGCAUCUGGCAACCCGAGCGCUUUGCUUUCGGGACUGGGCAGCGCGGUGGGCAUCUCGGGCAACAUUGGGGUCACGGAGCGCGCUCACCUGGCGCAGCGACCUGAUGGCAGCUACUCGCAGCAUGCGGAGGCAGUUCAUGGUUUCGCUGGUGGUGUGGACGUCGUGGGAGUGGAGAAGCUGAACCUGGACACUGGCCGCGCGACAGUCAGUAGCAAGGAACAUGAGAAGGCCGCCCUUUGCGGCAGUCGCACGACAGAGACGCUGGAGGAACUCCGCGUCUUGGGCCAGAAAGUGGCGUCGCAAGAGCUGAGGUUCAAGCACACGCAAGAGAACUUAUUCGGUUCUAAAGAGGUGAUGCUCGACUGCUGGACCGGGCAAGUGGUGGAGAAAGCCGACGGACUGCUGCUCACCACCACCCAGGAAGGCUCAGGAACUGUUGAUCGGUCCUCUGGGAAGGCCCACUUUGAUGGAGAUGCUUCUUGGAGCAUUGGUGUCCGACAGGAGGUCAAGGAUGCAGCUGGCAGGGGUAUUGAGGUGGGAGGGCUUGAGAUGCGGCGUGCCAACGAAGAGCGGAUCUUCUGCUGUGAUGAAGACGCCGCUCAAGCACUGAAGGGCGCUGGUUCGCAAGUUCUUCGACAGGGUGCUGUCGGUGUAGUUGGCUUGCUUGCUGGCGAGGUGGUCGGGAAGGUCGCAGGUAGCAAGGCUGCCGGAGCAAUGCUUGGCGAGGCUGCCGCCGGUGGCGGGAAGCUGGACCGGGCGGCUGCUUCCGCAACGGCAUCCUUGGCGCUGUCGGCAUCGCAAGAGGUCGCUUCGGGCGUCCUCGGCCCCGGGCGUGUGGCCAGCGUGGCGGGCUCUGCCUUGGGAGCGUUUGCCGCUUCCAGCGGUUCGUGCCAGGAGCGUCUCGCGAAAGCAGCGCAGGCCACAGGAGAAGGGGCAGCCGUGCAUGCUGCCGGAAGCCUGCUGGCAGGCGCCGGAGUGCCGCUUUGCCCCACGAAGCUCAUCAACGAAGAAGGGAGGAAAGGCAUGGAAUUUGCGGGUGGCAGCAUGGUGUCAGUUGAUCGCUACAGUUCCGGGCAGCUGGCAGAUGGCACGACCGUCACCCGCAGCUCUCACGAGGAGGGCGUUCAGCUCAGGGCAGGUCUCGGCACGGCUCUGGCAGCUACCGGCGCCGGAGUCCUGGCUACCGGGGUGGGGAGCCUGGUGGGAGUCUCUGGCAACGUGGGCGUCACGGAAACGUUCGAGCGACGUGAGGCGGCCAAUGGUGACUACUCCAUGGACACGGAGAAAGUGUGGGGCUUUGCAGGCGCCGUGGAUGUUGCCGGUGUCAACGUGAGCCAUGUCCUUGGCUUCGGAAGCCUGGAUUCCGGCAUCCUCACAGGUGUUCACGUCGAAGGGGGCGAGUCGGCCACAGGCAACUUCAUUAUCUCCACAGAGCAGCAAUGGAAGAAAACCACCCAUGGUGCGGGGAUUGCUUUGAUGGGUCUGAAGUUGGAGGUUCCAUAUCAACUCUCCGAGACAUCGGGAAAGACGCUGAGCAUCUGUGGACUGGAGUGGUAUCGCUGCUCUGAGUUGCGUGACACUACGCUCUGGGGCCAGAGUGGUGAAAAGACUCAGACAUUCCUUCUCCUGGUGGAGGUUCGCGAGAGCUUCGUUGAGACCUGGUUUGGGAGCCGCCGGAAUCAACUGAGCCUCGGAGCCACGCCGGAGCUAAAAGGCAUCGUGGGCCGGGGCGCGGCCUCAGCGAUCACCGCUUUCUUUGCAUCGAAGCGGCAGGGAGCAAGUGGCAAGGAAGCGCUUGCCAGAAGCUGUGCAGUCUUCCGGCAGGCCUCUUUGGAUGGUGCACUGGACGUUGGCUUGUCCUGCAUGGCCGCCAACCUCUCCAGCACGGCCUCGCAGACGCUGCUGGAGAGCUCAUCGGCCUGGGCGGCCUUGAGCCCAUACUUGGAGGAUGGGGUUGCCUCCUUGGUGCGGCCAAUCGUCCAGGCCUGCCUGAAGGGCAGCUGCCAAGUGGAAGACUUCGGACGUGAGUGGCUGAAGCAAUUCAUCCAGCUGCAGCUGCUGCGGCUGCUUCGACAAGCGGGGGUCUCGAGCACUGCCCUCCAGUUGCUCUCAGCGAGCUACUCGAAGAUUUUCGACAACCUCGCCCGUGGGAAUCUGGACUUGUUGCAGCUCCUUGUGGACUUGGCGCCUGUGGUCCUGGAGGUACUUCUCAAGGCUGCCGUGUCCGGCACAACCCACGGUUGGCUCCUGGCUUACGUUGUGGUCCCGCUACUCUUGGAGCUCUUCAAGAGUUCUUCUGUGCAGAGCGUACUGGGCCAAGUAUCGAAAGCCGUCCUCGCAUGCGCGACCUCCCUCAAGGAGUGGGUGGUGCAAGCCCUCGAAAGGCUUGGAAAACUCUUGUUGGAGGUCGGCGCGGCCGGUGUGGUCACCGCCACGGCGGCUGGUGUCGUGACGGGCAUGUCCGCAGCUUCCGUGGCCUCAGCAGCCCUGGCUCCCUCCGCCUGCGUUGCGGGCUCGCCGACCCUGGGGUCAGUGGCUGUAAGCUUGGGCCUCAUGGCUUCUCCGGCAGCUCCCGCUGGCCUCGUUCUUGGCGUGGCUUCCGUAAGCGGAGUGGUGGUUGGCGUGGUGAUCAUGUUGGGCUUCAAGCAGGCGCAAGUGCUCUUGCGGGAGGAGUUCAGCCAGGGAAGUUGGCAACAGCGCUUGGAGAAGGAUUCUGUGGUUUCCGUGUUCAUCACGAAACCCAGAAGGAGGUGGGUUGACGGACGAGUUUGCCGAGUGUCAGCAAGGUCAGUGAGCGUGAAAUAUUUCCUCGGGAAGGAGGAGCAUCGAAUUCCCGUGGCCCGGGACGACGCCCGGCAACUUCGUCCUGGUGGGGCCGACGGCGCUGUCUUGGCGAUCUCGGCCGCCUUACCUAGUUGA